GAUAACAUCCGAAGUUCCGUUCUUUUCCCCUUCAUAGAUCAUCAACCAACCCUCCGAUCUGCUUACUUACUAAACAAUCAUCCAACGGUCCAAAUCAAACCCCACCCUCUUCCUCUUUAUCUUUUACCCACCCUCCUCUUAUUCCUCCACCGUUCUCUCUCUCCAACUCUCCGCCUUCGCCAGAAUCAUUUCUCUGCCAUGGCCACUCUCCUUAAAACGCUGCCGUUUAAAUCCCCUCCUCCUCUAUCUCCACGUGUAAGAUCCAUUUCCUUAAACUCUCCAAAGCCCUUUCAUGUCUGCUUCAAUCAAAGACUUCCUCCUACACGUUGUACUCUCCGGUUCAGCUCCACUCCCUCUCUUCGGUUCGUAAAGUUGGUUCCUUUUGCUUCAAAUGGAAGUGAAACUGAAACCACUGAGACCCAACAAGAAGUUCAAGAACCUCAAACUGAGGUAACUUUUGAGGAUUCUUCAGAUGGUGCUGUUGCGGUUGAAGAGGAUGCUACCGGAGAUGAGGGUAGUGAUUUUGAAGAAACAACUUCUUCGGCCAUUGCAUCAUUGCUCCAAUCAUACAAAGAAGCUUUGGCUAGUAAUGAUGAGUCAAAAGUUGCAGACAUAGAAGCAUUUUUAAAAUCCAUUGAAGACGAGAAAGUUGAUGUUGAAAAGAAAAUUGCUUCUUUGUUAGAAGAACUGUCAAUAGAAAAGGAUCGGAUUCUUAGGAUUAGUGCAGACUUUGACAACUUUCGUAAGAGGACAGAGAGAGAGCGCCUUUCAUUGGUAACAAAUGCCCAAGGAGAAGUUUUGGAAAAUUUGUUGCCUGUUUUGGAUAAUUUUGAGCGAGCUAAAGCCCAAAUUAAGGUUGAGACAGAGGAAGAAGAGAAGAUCAAUAACAGCUAUCAGAGCAUCUACAAGCAGUUUAUGGAGAUUUUGGGCUCACUUGGCGUUGAACCUGUGGAAACAGUGGGAAACCCCUUUGAUCCAAUGCUGCAUGAAGCAAUCAUGCGUGAGGAUUCCACAGAAUUUGAAGAAGGUAUCAUUCUUCAAGAAUUUCGCAGGGGGUUCAAGCUGGGAGAUAGGCUGCUACGUCCAUCUAUGGUUAAAGUAUCAGCUGGUCCAGGGCCUGCAAAGCCUGAACAAGGAGAGUCAUUAGAAGGGGCAGAUGUAGUUGAAAGCACAGAGACCAGUGAAACUGUUGAAAGCAAUGAAACUGCUGAAGGCAGUGAAACUACUGAGACCAACCCGGGAGCAUAGUCUGCUUGAAGACUAGAUAAAGAACCUGGAUUCAGUUUUGUAUAAGCGAAACGGUAUUAAUUUUACCUCAAUUAUUAGGACUCCAUUUUGGUGGUAGCAAUUGUUGUGUGGGUGAUAUAUUGUUGUUAAUUUUUGUUUCAUUUUGGAGGAAUUUACAUCAAGAUGAGCAACAGCAUAUUUUGGAACAAUUCCUGUAUCUCUCCUUUUAUCCCUGCUCGCAAACUUGCUAAUGGAGUUUACAUAAACAUUAAACUUGUUAA